UAACUCGACAGGUUGCUUAGUUAAGUCCGAGACGCACUGGGUGCGUUGGUACUUGCUUGGUACUGACCGUUGUUUUUCAUUGUUCCUUGAUGAUGUUAAUUAGAAUUUGUGGUUUUAAUGCGCCGAUCGAUUAACCCAAAGUACCCACAGUUUUUUUCUGUCGGUACCAGGACCUGUUAUUGUUGAUGUUGCCGAAUAAUUGCAAUUCUAUGUUAAGUUUGCGAAUAGUUUUUCGGUCGCCGAUCGAGCUGGUUAAUCGGGUACCAACCAGAAUUCGUUUGCACUGUGUGGUCUUCGAGUCGCUGUUAAUAACGCGGAAAACUGGUCGAUGUGCAGUUUAAUUAGACAAGAGCAUGCCCAUUGAAUGAACCAUGGACUGUUCGUUAUCCACGUCCAAAGCUGCGGGGAAAUGCGACGGAAAAGCCAGCAAAGCCCUGCUGACGCUGCCGCUGUUCAGCAAAAUGCCCCGGAAAGCCAUCCAGAAGGAGAGGAAGAGGACGUUCAAGUACGUGUUCGACAAGAUCAGACUGAGGAAAUGCGCCAGUGCCACCAUUUCCAAACCGUUCCCCACAUACCAUGUGGCAUAUUUGGGCAAUGUGGUUACCGGGUGGGCCAAAGGCGAAGGCUGCAUUGAGAAGCCGCUGGCAACCUUGUGGCGCAACUACAUCCAGUCCUCCAGGCCCGACGUCAACAUGCACCUCACAGUGUGUGGAGGCGGUUUGAAGGCAGUCACCAAGAACCACGGAUUGACCGAGUACUGGGCGCAUCGUCUCACCACCUGCGCUUCUCCUGCUGAGUUCCCCAGGAUCUUCUGUUGGGUGUACCGGCAUGAGGGGCGGCGCCUGCGGCACGAGUUGCGUUGCCACGCCGUUUUGUGCGCCUCCACCGAAGUGGCCGCCCAGAUCCAUGGCGAGCUCAAAGACUAUCUGUCCAGGGCACUUACCGACUUCAAGAAGGAGAAGUUGUCCAGGCAGAAUGCCCGGCUCAGCUUGGUCAACUCGAUCAACGAAAACGCCAGCCUGCCCAGGCGGAAGAUUCUGUUGGGGAUCGGCUGCCACAACUAUAGGCCCCCAUUGGAGUGCUCCAAGUCAGCCCCCAAACUCUCCUGCAUUGAGGAAACCUUCGACGAAGAAGAGGACGAAGCGGAAGCCUUACGCAGCUCUGAAAAAAUCUACCGAAACAUCCUGAAAUCAUAUGAGCGAUGCAACCAGCAGUACGACCACAAGCCCUUCACCCUAAGACGAAGAACGUGGAGAAGCCAGUCGGAACAUGCCCAGCAAGCUCCAAGAGCCCCAUUCAACACCCGCAUAGAAGCCGCUGAAGCAGCCGAUGAUGCCGAGGAGAAGAACGACGGUUUGGAGUUUAAAAUCGGCGGCGAGGUACUGCCGACAAUUAAAGGCGCCGACGCUAUUCCUGCAUUCGUAAAUCCCAUCAUCAGCAAGGGUUUGAUGGAGCAGGAGCAAGUUUCGCUGGUGCCCGUGGGUGAAUCGCACUCGGACUUCAGUUCCUUGAAAGUGUACAAGAAGCGGAUCAUGCCCGAAGCUGGCAAAGACUUUCAAGCAUGUACCAUGUUCCUGUCGGCGGAAACAGUCACUCAGCUGGAGAACAUCUUCCAGGCCCACUGCUCAUUUGGAAGUGAUCGUGCGGAAGAGGAUCUGACUGGAAAAAUUAGCUCUACUUUGGUGGCCUGAGGUGGUGAUACAGUAUUAGUUUUGUUG